AUGGUCAAUGAUAUCAAGGCGGUGAGUCUCUCCAAUGAUUUAUCCAAAUUUGCUGAUGAUAUUGCAAUAAUAGCACCAGUUUAUGAUUACGAAAAUUCAGCUGAGGAUGAAGUAGAAAACAUGAAGCUAUGGUCAAACGAGAAUAGAAUGUCUUUAAACAUGGAGAAAACCUAUGAAAUGAUAUUUCGCGGAAAAGUGUCUACUCCCCUUCCGGAUCACAUCCCACCCAUAAAACGGAAAGAAUGGCUCAAAUUAUUGGGGGUCCCGAUGGAAGACAUACCUGGUAAAUGGGAUAAACAUUUCGAAGAGAUGAUGAAAAAAGCUAGUAGAAGAAUGUAUAUUCUAAGGGUUUGUAAACACUACGCGCUCUCUUCACAUCAAUUGGAUCUUCUCUUCAAUAGUCUUAUAGUCUCUCUUUUCACCUUUGCAGUCGAAGUUUGGGGUGGAGCAUCGUACAACAAAUACGUAAGUCAAAUUGAUAAGUUUGUCAAUCGUGCCUAUAGAAAUUGUUAUACAAGCAACAGAUCAGAUUUUAAAGCAACAAUAUCGAACAGAGACAAGAAAUUAUGGUCAAAAAUUAUAAAUGAUGAUAAGAAUGCCUUACGCAAUCUUUUACCUAGUAAGUUAAAUCGACCUUUACGACGGAGAGGUCAUGACUUUGAACUACCAAUUGUUAAAACUGAGAGGUUCAAAAACGCGUUUAUAAAUAGAUGUCUUUACAAUUUUAUAUACUAUAUAUCUAUAUUCUCAUACCUUAGAAUUUUAAAGUACUAAAAAUUGAUGUAAAUAACAGUAAGAAUCAAUUUUUUUAUUCUUAAUAUGUAAACUCAGACGUUUGAUUUGAGUAGCGAAAUAAAGACUUUUAUUAUUAUUAUUAUAUAUAUAUAUAUAUAUAUAUAUAUAUAUAUAUAUAUAUAUAUAUAUAUAUAUAUAUAUAUAUAUAUAUAUAUAUAUAUAUAUAUAUAUACAGUCCGAAAGACAUUGUAAACUUUUACUGUACAGUUAUCAGGCCCAUUUUGGAAUAUUGUGCCCCGGUUUUCCAUCACUCAAUCCCAUCCUUCCUGUCAGAAGAUCUUGAGAUCUAGACGGUACAAAAGCGAGCACUGAAGAUCAUUUUACCCGCGAACUCAUAUAGCGAAACUUUAGAAUAUUUCAAUCUUCAAACUUUGUUCCAGAGACGCGAUGAAAUGUGUAACAAACUUUUUACAAAUAUUACUAUCAAUCCUACACACAAACUGCAUAAUUUACUGCCUCCCAAACAUGAGUCGGUUUACCAACUUAGGAACAAUAGACUGUUUGAACGAUUCGAAACUAAUACAGAAAGAUUUAAAAAAACUUUUAUUCCUAUGUCUAGUAACUUAAGUUAAUGUAAUUUUUAGUACUAAGCGUUUUAAUGACCAUUUGUAAAUAUGCCUAAUUAACCCAUAUUCUAUCUUUUAAAUAAUGUUUCAUAUACUCUUGUAAAUCACGCAAUUCAGCUGUCCAGCUGCAAGGUGAAUCUUAAAUACACUACUAUCUAUCUAUCUCAUGUCACGUGCAGUGGCUGUAAACCUGAUAAAAGUCAUAAAACACUCCUAAUUAGUAUUCUUUAUAUAAAGAAUACUAAUAAGGCAGUAUCUAUUGUAGUCGUGUCCUCAUUAGUAUUCUUUAUAUAAAGAAUGCUAAUAAGGCAGUAUAUCUAUUGAAUUUGUAGUCGUAUUUGAAGCCGCUUAAUAAACUCGCUGGUCGUGUUUUAUUAGGUCUAAAGCCACUCGCGCUGAGCGCUCUGCGCACCAUUAUACCCUGUUCUUCCAUUUCGUGAAGCUUUCUAUUUACUUCAUCUUUCAUACUGUAUGGAAUACGCCUUGCUUUUUGAGCGACUGGCUGGACGUCGGGAUCGAUUUCCAAUUUAACUUCUUUGUCUUUGAGAUUACCCAUUCCUUCGAAUACGUUUUUGUGCUUAUUUAACACUGCUGAUACAUCUGGAUCAGGAUGAUCGACUGAGACAGAACAAACUUUCAGAUUGAGUAAUCCAAGAGUGGUGGAUGUUUGGUAGCUGAUUAGACAUGUACUGUUUGUAUUUGUGACGAGAAAUGUACCUGUUGUUGUACCUGAACUUGCUGUGAUUUGGGCUUACAAUUCACCGAUUAAUUCCAGAGGGGUAUUUGUUCCGUACGGAAAGACUUUCUUAUAUGAGGAUUAUACCCGGAUGUUUGGAUUCUUUUUUGGAUUUCUUUGAAAGCCGACUUAUUAAGGAGGUUCACUGAAGAUCCUGUAUUUACGAUAACUUUGAUCGCAACAUUUUCGACUGUGAUUCUUGUCACUGGCGGUUUAGUACUUGAGUUGAUUACAUAGGCAAAUUCUUCAUCUGUAUCGUCGAGAUAGUCAUGACGUGUUUGCGUGACUUUAUUUACAUCUUGCCUGGAACUUUGUCUCUGACCUAGCCUGUGUACAGCCGUUAUACUCUCGACGAAACGCGCGAGAGAACGUCUGUGAGUUGGAUGCAUAAUCCUUGUUCAGGUCACGUGGAUAGUUCCCAGAUUUGGGUACCAGCCUCUGAUUGGACAGUGCUUUAUUUGAAUAAUUUAUGACAAAUGAAGCUAUUUCAUUGGUUAAUUGAUAAUUAGCAUGCGUUUAAAAUAACAACACAAAAAUUUUAAAAUUCCAGGUCAAGAAUCAAGAUUUCCUUCGGGGCAUACAAAGGUUUGAAAGACUGGAAAUAUAAUCUGUUGAGUUUAAUUUUGUGCUGUAUCGAAGUUUAAGAAAAUCAAGAUAAAAUUCUAGUGUUUGGGCACUCAGCGAACAAUGCUGACAAAUAUAUAUAAUACUAGAAAAUACAUGCAUGCAGAAACCCUCACCUUGCUGACAAAACCAUUGUAUUUUCCAAACAUGAAGUAUCUAAAGUAGUUGUCAUGGACUCAUGGUAACACGAUAUUUUUUUAAGAAUAUUCUUACAAAUGAAAAAUCGCCUAAAAAUAUCACUUUUAAUUACAAAAUUAUCAAUUUCCCAACAUAUGUAUGUUAGGUAUGACAUACGUAAUAUAAGCUUCAAUUUAAGGUAAAAUUCAACCACAAACGCUUCGCAAAACGUUUUAAAGUGUUCUUUAUAAAACUAAACUCGAGACUAAACUGCCUUUAAUUAAAUGGCUUUAUCGAUAAACUUUGAGUUUGCAAUAAAAUGAUUUCAAAUUCUCGCAUGCAAAUAACUUUGCUUUUUUUUUAUUUAAAAAAUUCAAAAAAAUGCUAAAAAGGAAUUAAUAUUAAAGAUACACUGAAAUUUAUAUAUGCUGUCUUGUUUAGUUGUUUCUUAUACGCAAAGGCCGUCGGGUUUUAAAGCAAUUAUAAAAUCAAUAUUUAAAACAAACUUACCUUCGUUAACGUCGGCUCCCUUCUUUUAGCCGAUUCCUUCGCCCUUUCUUUCUUGAAAUUUACAAAAUCUUGCAAAAAUGCCAGCAAAAAUGAAAUAUAUUUGCAAGAAAUUUAUCAAUCAUCAAAUCAAGAAAUGUUUGCUAUUUCGCUGUCGUCAUGCAGUCGUUAUAAUGCAAACUUCAUGGCCAGAAAUUCAGGACAUGCGCCCGCAAUAUAUCUCAGCGGUUUUUCCUAUGAAAAGUUAUUCAUACCUAACAAACGCAAGUUUUAACUAAAAAAAUACAUUUUGCUUAGUUUCUUGUUUAACUAAAGCAGAAAAAUACAUAUAUUAGGUAUUGACGGCCUUUUACAUACCUUUUAUUUAUUAUGAUGGGAUAUAAAGUGAUGCGCAUGGUAAACGACUCAAAUAUUUUGUGUAUACAUCGCUAUUCCUCCGUGUAGCCCACACUGGAAGAAAGCCUGGUUCCUAAGCUUCUUGUUGAUAUCAAACAUGAACGACAAUUCACGAAACAUCGUUCUUCUUGCAAUGUUUUACGGCCUAUCGACAGGGUAUUUAUGGGCAAAAUAUCAACAUUUUGUCCCGUAAAUUGGAACAAGUUAAAAAAAUCGUAUCACUAUGAAAUUAUGCAGACAAGCAGGGGACAACAUAUAUUUUACGACGCAAAGUCUGCAAAUUUCAUGAAGGGUUCGAGGGAUACAUGCGGCCAGAGCAAAAUGUACGUUUUGAACGAUUUUCUCAAGUUUUACUAUACUUUAUUAUACGCCGAUGUACUAUGAAGUGAACUUGAAUAAUGGAACAACUUAUAGGUAAGAUUCCGAUGCGAAACUUUUCUGUUUUACGGUCCAGAUAUAGUUUAUAUUAUUGCGAAGUCUGCAAAUGACAUAGCUAUUAUCAAACAAGUUUAAAUUUUAAAAAACCGCACCACUCCUAAUGAUUUAUAUAUAACAACAUGUACUUUGCACAUGCUCAGAAUCAAUGUCCGUAAUUUCUGGCCAUGACAAGCUUUAUUUGGUAUUUAGAGAAGCCCGAGGCCUGAAGCAACAAAGUACCUUCAUGCAGGAGCUUGUUAUCAUGUUAGAAGUGUUAGAAGUGCGACCUGGCUUGACACAAUUGCCGUCAACUGAUGAUGAUUCCCCUCUCUCCAUGUCGGACUGCGAGUCUCUGGAAAAUAUUUGCGACUAUGAAGAACUGUACCAUCACAAAGCGAAGGUCGAAGAGAUAGGUGUGAUUAAAAUGGACAUGAAGCUACCAAAAGUAAAGUCCAGUAAUAAAAGUAAACCUAUUACAAAAAUCUUUAAAGAUAGGACGUUUUCGCCAAGUUUAGAAGAUAUUAAAGAAGUGGAGGAACGGAGCAAGGAUGAUUGCGAUUCUCCGUACUUUUUGUCCAUGUCACAUGUACAUUAUGAUCGAGCAUUACACGGAGGAUUUCUGGACAAAGACACGGGAAGAAGGUUUAGGAAUGAGUACUGGAAGUCAUAUCAUCGUGGUCAGAAGAGGUCAUCGAGACGAACUAUCUCUUGGUGAAUGAUGGAAUGCUUCCAGGGAGAUUUCUUGUCAAGGGAGAUUUCUUGUCUGUUGUCAAGGGAGAUUCCUUGGGAUGACAAAUGAUUGAUUUGGGAAUGAACGUUUGAGAAAUGAUUACAGAAGUCAAGGCAAGCAGAGGCGAUAUCUUAGUAAAAUAAUGGGAUGUUUGCAAGCAGAAUUCUAAUUAAACCAUGGGGCAUGCCGGGGACUAGUUUCUUCGGUAGGUUUGUAAUGAGAUAAAAAAUAAACAAAAUUGUUUUUUUUUGUGAAAAAUACCACGUUACUUUAUUUGCAUUGAUGAAGAUCGAAUAAAUAAACGCGGUGCUCUCACAAAACUGUAUAUAAAUAUGUAGUUCCAACUAAAAUGGUAUAUCGAUUCAUGUAUUAUACAAGUUAUCUAGCACUGACAAAGUAGUGCACACUAUAAAAUCCAUAUCGUAUUUCAAACUAUAGAAUAAACUAUUUUGAUAUUGGUUAUGUUGGCUAAGCGAAUAGUUUAGAAUGUUGUGGUAACCAUAUACUUAGAGUAUAACAAACGUAAAUUAAUAAUUGUAACACUAACUCACUAAAGGCAAUCGCAAAGAGUAGCAAUUAUCUUGUAAAUAGAGUAAUGCCAAGCAUAACUUAUUGUACAUAUAUAGUUUCGGUCUAGAAUAUUUUGAACAUUUUCAUGAUUGUAUAAAAAUCAUUAGCAAUUUGGUUGUAAAUUUUAUGGAUAGUAACACCGAAUAUGGGAAUGAGGGAUGUAAUGUAAGAAAUUUCAUUGUGUG